AUGGGCUUCACAAAGUCACACGCUCCUUCCCUCUCGCCCUCCUCUUCUCACACAGGUAGAGGCGAACAUGCCCAUCCUCUCCAAGGUGGACGACCGCCACCUGUCCCAUCCCCUUCCACUCCCUUCCACUCCCUUCCACUCCCUUCCAGUCCCCUCACUCCCACCCUCGCUCCUCGCCCCGUCCCAUCACAGGUGGACACGGACAUGCCCAUUCUCUCCAAGGUUGACACGGACAUGCCUAUCCUCUCCAAGGUGGACGAGCGCCACCUGUCCACGUGGGGAGUGAACUGCUUGCCGCACAUCAUCUUCCUCUCCUUCACUCGCAACGCAGAGGAUGUCAGAUAUCGCAGAGGACGUCAGAUAUAUGCUCCCCAUCCCUCUCCAUCCCUCCCUAUCCCUUCCCAUCCAUCCCUCCCCAUCCCUCUCCAUCCCUCCCCAUCCGUCCCCAUCCGUCCCCAUCCCUCCCUCUCCCCCCCCAUUCAGGCCGUCCUCCCCAACCCUGCCAGGGGUCACACGCAACUACCUCUUGUCACUAUGUUAGCUCAUGUUUCCUCCUUACUCCCCUCCUCUCAUCCCAUCCCCAUCCGGGCAUCCCUCCCCAUCCCAUCUCCAUCUCUCUCCAUCCCUCUCCACCCCACUCAGGCGCGCAAUCACCUCGCCCAACUGGGCAAGCUCUCGCAGUCCUUCAUCUUUGCUAAGAUCGAAAGCAUUCAGGGGCUGAGGAAGAUCGACGAGAUUCUGGCAGAGGCAGAUGGGCUCGUGCUGGGGCGAGGCGACCUUGGAAUCGACCUGCCUGCAGAAAAGGUGUUUCUGAUGCAGAAGGUGGCCAUCUACAAGGCCAACAUGGCGGGCAAGCCAUGUGUCAUCUCGCGAGUGGUCGACACGAUGACAGACACGCCCCGCCCCACCCGUGCCGAGGCCACCGACGUCGCCAACGCUGUGCUGGACGGUGGGUGGGGUGGGAUGGGUUGUGAAGCCGAGAAGGCGUACAACCAGGAGCUCUACUACAACCAGGCGGUCAAGGAAGCCAACUUGCCGGUGCUACUUCCAACCCAACCAAGAACUCUAUUCCUUCCUGCACCCCCCUGCCCCUGCCAGGCGGAGAAGGCAUACAACCAGGAGCUCUAUUUCAAGAAGGCGGUUAAGGAAGCUACUGACACCAUGAGCGAGCUCGAAGCCAUGGCCUCAUCCGCGGUGAAAACAGCAGAGAAGGUGCAUGCAGCAGCGAUUGUGGUGUUCACCUCCUCUGGAAGAAUGGCCAGGCUCGUGGCCAAGUGCAAGCCACCCUUCCUUUGCUCCCCUUCCCUUCCCCUCUCUCUCUACUGUCCCCUCGUUCUCCCCUGCUUCCCAGGCUCGUGGCCAAGUGCAAGCCAACCAUGCCUGUGCUCACGCUCGUCCUUCCACGUUCCUCCCCUCCCCCUUUCCCCCACAUUGCCCUCACCCACAAUCCCCCAUGCUAGGCUCGUGGCCAAGUACAAGCCAACCAUGCCUGUUCUCACGCUCGUCAUUCCACGCCUCUACGUCGAUAAGCUCAGAUGGACGGUGCAGGGCGAGGUCCCGAACGCAGGGCCACUGCUCCCCUCUCUCGUCCCCUCUCCAACCCCUCUCUUCCCCUUCCCAACCCUUCUCUUCCCCUCUCCACCCAUUCUCUUCCCCUCUCCACCCAUUCUCUUUCCCUCUCCACCCAUUCUCUUUCCCUUUCCACCCAUUUCUUUUCCACUCCACCCAUUCUCUUUCCCUCUCCACCCAUUCUCUUCCCCUUCCAAACCCACAGCAGAUGUAGUGGACAACACAGGGCCGCUGCUGGGCCGAGUGGGUCAACUCCAGCAGCAGCUGCACCACCAGCUGCUGCCCUCCUCCCAAGCCUCCACCCACCCACUGCCCUCCAACCCACACGGUCCGAACCAAGCAGCAGUACGCUCAGAACGUUCUGACCAAGUCCCCCUCUCAGAGGGCUCGAAUGAGCGGAUUGAUCCAGCAGAUUGGGAGGACCAAGCCCUAGGGCGUUUGGCGGCAGGCGGACUGGGAGGUGGUGGUGGUGGGCGGAGGAGGGGGAGAGAAGAGGAGCGGAGUGCAGCAGGGAUGGUGGAUCAUGGGGGCAUUGUGCCGGAAGGGGUUGUGCCUGAUGCGCUGGAUAGGCGCAUUCCAAUGCUCAUCCGGUGA